CAGAGGGAGGGUGGGUCACCUGACCGGGACUUCGGCGACGCUAUGGCGGCGCCCAUGCUGCGCUUGGGUUUCCCUGGAAGACGCUGGGCUUUAACAUGGCUAGAUGGCGGUUCCCGCCACCGAAGUGGCUCUCAGACUGGGCCCACAUCCAACUGGGCUAGGAGACAGAGUUCAGUGGCUCAGCCUUCCCUCCACACGGCUCAGAAGCCGAGGAAAGGUGAACACAAAUGGGCAGCUGUAGUAGGACUGGAAAUUCAUGCACAGAUUUCCUCCAACUCUAAACUCUUCUCUGGAGCUCAAGUGUGCUUUGCAGCACCUCCAAAUUCUCUGGUUUCUUAUUUUGAUGCAUCUCUGCCUGGAACAUUACCGUCGACCUCUGCUUCCUCAGAGUGCAUGCCUCCUUCCCACUGUAUGGAAGAAGCUGCGUCUAUCAACAGACUGUCACGUGGCUCCAAUCAUGUGGCUGUGUGCCACUCAUCCAGAGGAGCUCCUUCCGGCUCAGUCCUGAAGAGUCAGACUUGGACCCUGCGAUGGGAAUGCUGCUUCUCCACAGCCAUUCCACAUGUUCUCAACAGGAGGUGUGUGGAAGCCGCGGUGAUGACUGGCUUGGCACUGAACUGCCACAUAAACAAGAAGUCCUUGUUUGACCGGAAGCACUACUUCUACUCAGACCUUCCUGCUGGCUACCAGAUCACCCAGCAGAGGCUCCCAAUUGCUGCCAAUGGACACUUGACCUACUGUAUCUAUCUAGGGAAGAAACCCAGUCAGGUGACCACCAAGACAGUGAGGAUCAAGCAGAUCCAGUUGGAGCAGGACAGUGGCAAAAGCCUCCAUGACGACCUGAGGUCACAGACACUCAUUGAUUUGAACAGAGCCGGAAUUGGCCUUCUUGAAGUGGUCCUGGAGCCUGACCUGUGCUGUGGAGAAGAGGCAGCCCUAGCUGUCAGGGAACUGCAGCUGAUCCUUCAAGCCCUGGGCACCAGCCAAGCCAACAUGGCAGAGGGUCAGCUGAGAGUGGAUGCCAAUAUAUCUGUACAUCACCCUGGGGAACCACUGGGUGUCAGGACUGAGGUAAAGAAUCUCAACAGCCUCAGGUUCUUGGCCAAAGCCAUAGAUUAUGAAAUUCAGAGGCAAAUCACUGAACUUGAGAAUGGAGGUGAAAUUCUGAAUGAAACUCGUUCAUUUGAUUAUAAGCUGGGGUGCACCAUGCCAAUGAGAGACAAGGAAGGGAAACAAGACUACAGGUUUAUGCCAGAGCCCAACCUGCCUCCCUUAGUGCUCUACGAUGACACAUCUCUGCCACGAGGUGCAGACUCUCAGCAGGUGAUCAAUAUUGACCAGCUUCGGGACAUGCUCCCGGAGCUCCCCAGUGCAACCAGAGAAAGGCUGGUCCAGCAGUAUGGGAUGCUUCCCGAGCACAGCUUUGCGUUACUGAAUGAAGUUGGCCUACUGGAGUUCUUCCAGAAUGUGAUAAAAGAAACUAGGACAGAGCCAAAAAAGGUGACUAACUGGGUCCUGAACACUUUUCUGUGCUAUUUAAAGCAACAGAAUCUUGCAGUCAGUGAGAGUCCUGUCACACCCUCUGCACUUGCUGAGCUCCUCAACCUGCUGGACAGGAAAGCAAUUUCUUCAUCGGCAGCUAAGCAGGUGUUUGAGGAGCUGUGGAAGGGGGAGGGGAAGACAGCAGCACAGAUCGUGUCAGAACAGCAGCUGGAGCUGAUGCAGGAUCAAGAGGCCCUGGAAAAGCUCUGCCAGACCACCAUAGAUGGACACCCCCAAGUGAGUCCUGCGGCACUCAAACACACUCACUGCCAAUCAGGGCACUUGCAGAGGGAGGCCAGCACCGGGUUAUCUGAUGUUGUUCAGCCCCUCCUGCCUGCCUUUACCACCCGCUACCUGCUCAGCCCUCACUGAGUGAGCUGCCAUCCUAAAAGGUGAUGGAUGUGAAGAAAAGAAACCCCAAAGCUAUAAAUAAGCUGAUUGGGUUGGUGCGGAAGGCAAGCCACAGCAGGGCAGACCCGGCUCUGAUAAAGAAAAUAUUGGAGAGGAAGCUGUCAUUGUGAGAUGUGUGGGGUCCCUCUGCCGGAUGGAGGACAGUGUGGCUCUGAGAAGAGGGGCCUGUGAGGGCUGGAACUCAUGUGCUGUACAAGUUGUAUCUCUUAGUCCCUAGCCAAGCUACACUUCCUAGGAGGCCAGGAGGCAAUAGUUUACACCUGUGUGUGUCCUAUGAGACCCCAUGACCUGAGAGGCAGCCAUCACGGAAGACCAGCAGCCAGAGUGUCAGCCUCACUGUCUGGAAAUGGCCCCAUGAUGGUGGCAGCAGUGACUAAAGAAAUUGUAAGUCUACACAGAAUAAAGUUCACGUCCCCACCUCAGAUGCCGUGGGUGCUUUGUAGAGCCAAGCAGUGCUCCCCAUCCUAAAGGCCGACAGACCAAGAACACGGCAGCAUGAGUGGAGUGUGGUGUGUUCAGACCUAAACACGGGCUGGUGAAGAUGUAAACAGAAGAACUUAACUUGGUGUUCAGGCAAGGGAGGGCAGGAGGGUGCUGGCACUCACCUGCUGAGUGGAGGCACUGUCGCCUGCUCGGCUCCCAGUGAAUUAAGGUGACACACAAGUUCUCAGAUAAAUUUAAUGAAUAAAAUAUAUACUGAAAUAGCACAUAAAAAUUAACUUCCACGUAAGAGAUUGUAUAGUUUACAUCCUUCCCACACACAAUGCUUAGGCAGAGAGAGGGAGGGAGGGAGGGAGAGAGAGGAAAGAGAGAGAGAGAGGGAGAGGGAGAGAGAGAGAGAGAGAGAGUGUUUUACCUGGAAAGAAUAAGAUCAUGCUGUUAUACAUCAGAAUGCUCACCUUUAGCUCUCUUGUGGUACAGCUGCUACAUCCUCAGUCCUAGGUGGUGUGUCCCCUUGUUUCUUACAUGUCUGGUACCUCACACCAACCUCACUCUUUAUGACUAGUUCUGAGAAUGUUUUUUAGAAGUGUUUGUCAAACUGACAGAGAAGGGGAACUCUCGGAGGCCCUCAUCUUAGACCAGACUCUCAGGCCUGGUAAGAACAUUGCUGGGCACCAUCAUUCCAGGGCAACUGAAGAAUGAGAAGAAAGUGGACACACCCGUCACCAGAAGAUGGCACCCAGCGUUGCUAAGCAACUUCACCCAGCCAAAAGCUGAGGCUGUGUGGACAUCAGUUCUAUGGUCUGUUUCAGACAAGCAGGAGGAGGUAACUUUAGGAUGUCAUCUCUCUCAGGAAGCCACAGACCAUGUGUUGCCCUGAUGAAACAGGCUGUUCAAGUGUUUGAUUAGCCUCCCUACAGGAGAGAAAGGCGGGACCUGCUGCUCUACAAGCCUGAACUCCAGUGGCCAGAGGUGCUCAGAUCCUAAUCUGACCAGACCUUUAUCUCAAAGAACAGUAAGGUUCAGUCUUAUAACCUCCAUUUUUACCAAAAAGAAAAUGGUUCAUCUGGCUUGGUCAUCAAGCCUUGCAGAAAGCACUUACAAAGCUAACACCCUGGGCUACCUCAGUGGGUGGUGAAAUGGGCAGCUCAGUGGAAGCCAUUUCCAAAACCUACUUUAUCAGUUGGAAAACACACAUGGACUGAGUAUUCCCAGAGGAGACGCCAUCAGCACGCAGUCCUUGCGAGGCUCCUUCCUCCCAGCUAGCUCUGACAGCUGCCUCAUUCUCUUGGUCAUCUUGAAACCCUAAGGCAAGCUUUGAGCUCAUAACCACAGCUACUAGGGAAAUAGCCAAACCCAUGAACUGCAUGACUAGAUACAUUUGAAAGAUGUGUUUAUAUAACAUUUUAAAAGAUGCAUAAAAUAUAGCUCUGCUGGUGCA